UGUGUUUAUAUUUACUUACUGUAUGGUGAUGGCAAGAAGCAGAAAAAUUUUGAAAUACUGGUUUCUUAUCGCUGUUUUAGUUGUGAUUUUCAUUGCUGAAAUCGUACCCCAUUUAACUGCUGACGGCGGUUUACCGUGGCCCGACACCAGCGCGAAGUAUGGAACAGUACCAAUCGUAUUUCUUUUAAGUGGCUUAACUCUUCCAACCGAUAAUCUGUUGACUGCUGCCAAACAGUAUGAUUUACAUUUCGUCACCCAGUGUUUUUCACUUUUAUUUACUCCACUCUUCGUCAAACUUUUGACUGUUAUUCUUGCGCCAACUGGUGUGGAUGAUUGGAUUAUGAAAGGUUUUAUCAUUUCUAGCAGUAUGCCUGUCUCAUCGUCAUCCGUCGUGGCUACUAUUUGUGCAGACGGCAACGAGGCAGCUGCAAUAGUAAACUGUAUUGUAGGUGCACUUCUUGGAAUGAUAACGACGCCACUUAUAUUGUUGAUACUGAUAAGAUCAGCAGCAGUGGUUUCACCUGUCAAAUCAUUGCAUGACCUAAUUCUCACUGUGGGCAUACCACUGCUUGUUGGGCAAAUUGUUCGCAAAGUAACUGGAAUGAGACUGCAACACAGUAUUGCAUUGAAGAUUAGACAGUUGGCGUUACUGAUGACUGUGUUUAUAACCUUUUGUGACAUAUUUAUGUCACAUCUAGAUGUAGAAUUACAGCCCAUUAAUGUACUAGUUUCAGUUUUCUCAGUGGUAAUUCUACAAAUGACAUUGCUACUUCUCAUUUUUUGGACAACCAGAUAUCUUCCAUCAAAGUUUUCACUACAGGACACAAAGGCAAUUAUGUUCUGUUCAACACACAAGUCUCUCUCCCUUGGAAUUCCGAUUCUAAGGACAAUGUACUCUGGUUAUGGGCACCUUUAUAGUGCAUCACUGCCAUUGUUGCUGUACUAUCCAAGUCAAAUCAUACUGGGAGAACUGCUUGGACAGCACAUGAAAAACUGGGUGAAUUGAGAUUCUGGACAUGAUAAGUAACAAAAUGAAGUCUCAUGGUGCAUCUGGAUGAAUAUAUUCAAUGAAGAUGCAAAUUUACCUCCGUCAUCACGCAGAAAGACCCAAGAGAAAUGAUUAACCAUAAGAAUGUUGUUUCAGUUGAGUAAUUUUGAACUUUUUUCCCACAUUACCUAAUUAGUUGCUCAUAUUGGUCACUGUACAGAAUUCAGAGAACUUAAAAAAAAAACAUAAUAAACUGCUUACUGUCCCAA